UGUCCUUGCUAUGAAGACAUUUAAACCCCUCCUUCAGCCUCCGUUCUCAGCCGACCCACCUAAACCACUUUCCACUCAGACCUGCAGGACCCGAUCAGACCAGGAACUCAGACAUGGAUAGUUGUUCAGGAUGUGGACCCGGAUACCGCAGCCCACUGGAGGCCAUGAAGGGACGUCGGGAGGAGAUCGUCUACCUGCCCUGUAUCUACCGUAACACUGACAUCCUGAAACCGGACUACCUCGCCACCGUUGACGUUGACCCGAAAUCCUCCACCUACUGUCAGGUCAUCCACCGGCUGCCAAUGCCGAACCUUCGUGACGAACUGCAUCACUCCGGCUGGAACGCAUGCAGCAGCUGCUUUGGCGACGCCUCCAAGAAGAGGAACCGUCUAAUCCUGCCGGCGCUCAUGUCGUCCAGAAUCUACGUGGUUGACGUCGGGACAAACCCUCGAGCGCCACAGAUACACAAGAUGGUCGAGCCCAUCGAGCUGUACUGGAAGUCUGGACUGGCCAACCCGCACACCUCCCACUGCCUGGGCAAUGGACAGAUCAUGAUCAGCUGCAUCGGAGAUCCAGCCGGCAACAACAAAGGUGGCUUCGUCCUGCUGGACGGCGAGACGUUUGAGGUGGUCGGUAACUGGGAGCACCCGGGUGAAGCGGCGCCGUUUGGAUAUGACUUCUGGUACCAACCUCGACACAACGUGAUGAUCAGCAGCGAGUGGGGAGCGCCCAAAGCUCUGGUGGACGGGUUUAAUCCAGCACACGUCAAAGAAGGUCUGUACGGCACCUCCCUCCACGUUUGGGACUGGACCACACACAGGAAGCUGCAGUCGCUCCACCUCGGGGAAGAGGGCGCUGUUCCUCUGGAGGUCCGAUUCCUCCACGACCCCGACGCCACCGAGGGCUACGUGGGAUGCGCUCUGGGAGGAACCGUGUUCAGGUUCUACAAGACACCGGAAGGUGACUGGGCAGUAGAGAAGGUGAUCCAUGUCCCCAAUAAGAAGGUCGAAGGAUGGGUGCUGCCUGAGAUGCCUGGUCUGAUCACAGACAUCCUGAUCUCAUUGGACGAUCGGUUCCUGUACUUCAGUAAUUGGCUGCACGGUGACAUCAGACAGUAUGACAUCACAGACAGGAGGAAGCCACGAUUGGUCGGCCAGGUGUUUCUGGGAGGAAGUAUCAUCAGUGAUGGUCCAAUCAGAGUCGUGGAAGACCCCGAGAACCAGCCGCAGCCCCACCCACGCAUCAUCAAGGGGAGGCAUGUCCCUGGUGGUCCUCAGAUGUUACAGUUGAGUUUGGACGGUCUCAGACUUUAUGUGACGACGUCUCUGUACAGCGGCUGGGACAAACAGUUCUACCCCGACAUGAUGCGAGAGGGUUCAGUGAUGAUGCAGAUCGAUGUGGACUCUGUCAAAGGGGGUCUGACCCUGAAUGAAAACUUUCUGGUGGAUUUCGGUAAAGAACCCGACGGUCCAGUUCUGGCCCAUGAGGUCCGGUAUCCUGGUGGAGACUGCACGUCCGACAUCUGGCUGUGAGCAGAGAGACAGCUGAUUGGCUCUUUCAGUGUCACAUGGUGACAUCGUCAUAAAAAACGUCUAACAUCAAAUCAAAUGAAAGUUUAUUGAUCACAACACAAUCAAAUGAAAAGAAAGUGUUCAGAAAAAAAGUUUAUUAAAAUUUAAACUUUAUAAAAACAAAGUAUUAAAAUAAACAGAGUUUGAAUGACGCCGACUGAAAGAACAAACAAACAUUUGUUUGAAUAUUCAGUGUCACAUUAUUAAUUCAUUAACCACACGUCGUAUAAGUGUCAUAUAGUUAUUAGAUCACGUGUCAUAAUUAAUGCUUCACACAUUUAUUCUUCAGAUUCUGAAUCAUUCUAAACUUUUAUAUCAAACGUUUGUCUCCAGGUAACAAACUGACCAAUCAGAUAUCAGCCUGACACUCAGGUACGCACACACGUGUGUUGAUAAGAACACGCUAAGAACGCGCUAACAUUCCGUAGUUGAAGUUUGUUUUUUUAGGUUCACACAUGUCGAUCGACCAAUCACUGGACUCAGAACAAUCAACUGUAAUCACAUGACCACAUGAUCACAUGUUUGACUGACUUCUUGAACACAGGAGUCCGGGGGUUCGAGUCCCGUGUGUUAGACAGUGUUGAUGUCCUGCAGCGGCUCCUGCUGGUCAGACUGUAAACUCUUCAUGUUUAAAUAAAGUUUCAUUUGAUUGCU